AUCCUCCGUCAAUCACAGUGAUAGACAACCUUACCCAGGUAGAGCCAGCCUUGAAGUGAACUCUUGAUAUUUUCUCCAAAUAAUUGGAUUUCAUAUAUUUUAAGAAUAUAUGAACCAUUUUUAUUUUUGGAUUGUGUUCCACUGACGUCCUCAAUGUCAGCUUCAGUUGUGACUUACGAGCAGCUCAAAGCUAUGCUGGCCAAUCACAGUGUACAACUGUUUGACGUCCGCAAACCAGAUGAAUUCCAGGCAGGCCGGAUUCCAGAUUCCACCAACAUUCCAUUGGGACAGCUAGAGGAGUCACUGAAGCUCCCACAAGAACAGUUUGAAUUGCAGUUUAAGGUGAAGGCCCCACGAAAAGAGGAUGAAAACAUAGUUUUUCAUUGCCGGAGUGGGAAUAGGAGUUUGUCUGCUCUUGAAAUUGCUCAUCGACUGGGAUUCAUUAAGGCACGGCAUUACGCAGGUGGAUACAUCGACUGGGAAGCGCAUGAGAAGAAGUAACAUGACUGAUACAAGUCAUUAAAUUGCAGAUGAAAUAUUGUCUCAGUAAAUAAUAAUAAAUGAUUUAAGAAUCUUCUUUAAUGUCAAAAACAAUGAGACAGUGUUAAAUAAAUUGCAAUACAGUAACUGUA